AUGAGAUCAGUGAGACCUGAUUCGGGAGAGGCAAUUGCGGACUACUCCACAUUUCUCAGUUCCGUUUUCGCCCUACUCCGCACUGUCCUCGGUGAUUUCGACUUUUCGGCACUUUCGCAAACAAAUCGCGUCCUUGGGCCGUUAUUCUUUGUCACUUACGUGUUCUUCGUCUUCUUCGUUCUGCUGAACAUGUUCCUCGCUAUCAUCAACGACUCGUACGUGGAAGUAAAAGCCGAACUAGCACGCCAGAAAGAUGGCUAUGGUAUUUUCGAUUGGAUUAGAAAGAAACUUACCGGUGGGAAGCGGAAUGACAAGACACUUACUACUUACAACGACUACAAACUCGAAUUGUUGACGGCUGGCUACAACGAGAAGGACGUUACGGACGCGUUCGAGAAGCUGAACAUAGACCUUGACGACGAAGUCAACAAUGACGCUCUUGUUGAGGUUGGAAAUGAGAUCAGGGAUCAGGUGUGCCGCAAGAAAGUCAUCGAGGAAGAGUAUCGUUCAACCGCAGUGUAA